AUGAAAAAUAAGUCAACGAGUUUGGAAAGCAUCAGAAGACGGUUACGGUUUUCCCAUUCUUCCUAUGUUGACCCAGUGGGCACUUCGGGAGGUUUGGCUGUUUGGUGGACAGAUGACAUUGAUCUAGAUAUUCGGUUUAAAUCUUCAAAUUUGAUCCGCGGUGUAAUUUCCUCGCCAAUUGCCCCUUCCAAUUGGGUUGCCAACUUUAUUCAUGCUCCUUCGCAAAGGGCGGUUCGGAGAUGUUUCUGGGUUCAGUUUCGUAGCUUAAUGUCUGAUAGUAACUACCUUGGGUUGUGCAUUGGUGAUUUUAAUGAAAUUGGUGCUUAUUCAGAGAAGGCAGGGGGUGCAGUUUGUAGAAUGACUCAAAUACAUGCUUUCCUUGAGUUGCUUUCAGACUGUGCUCUCAUGGAUCUGGAGUUCAAUGGUCCCCCAUUUACUAGGUCCAAUAAUCAACGUGGAAGCCUUAACAUCUGGGAGCGGCUAGACCGAGCAGUUGCUACAGCAGAUUGGAGAACCUUGUACCCAUAUGCCCAGGUCUUUCAUGACAUUCAGGUUGGGUCUGACCAUUGCCCCCUAAUCCUAAAUUGCAUUCUGGCUCUUAAAAGAGUUCCGUGGUUGUUCAAAUUUGAGACCAUGUGGUCUACUAGCCCAGAAUGUGAGGAAAUCAUUCGUAAAAAUUGGGUUGACCAAUUUGUGGGUUCUCCAAUGUUUCGGUUGGCAAAGAAGCUUAGAGCAUGUCGGGAAGGGCUGAAAGUGUGGAGUAAGGAACAUUUUGGCAAUAAUAAAAUCCAGAUUGCUUUGAUCAAAUCACAAUUGGCUAAUCUCCAAGCGCAACCUUGUUUUGAUGAGAAUUUCCAACUACAAGACCAGCUCAAAUCUGCCCUUGAACUUGUGUUAUCUAUGGAAGAGAUUUCUGGUAGCAGGGAUUGUUCGGCAGCUUUGUCAGUAGUGGAUUCCGUUGUCUCUUCGGAUAUGAACUAUGACUUGACCCGUCCUUUCUGCGAUGAGGAGAUUAAAUCUGCAGCUUUUCAACUGGGGGCUUUUAAAGCCCCGGGCCCAGAUGGUUUCCCUGGAUUUUUCUAUCAGAAUUAUUGGGACGAAGUGGGGGGGUCUGUUUGCACUGCGGUCCGCAGUUUCUUCAAUGGUGGUUAUAUUCUCAGAGAACUUAAUCAAACCAACUUGGUUCUGAUUCCUAAGGUCAGUAACCGCACUCUUUUAUCGCAAUUUCGUCCCAUCAGUUUGUGUAAUUUCAUUCUUAAGAUAAUUACCAAACUCCUUCCUAAUCGCCUCAAAGGAAUUUUGAAGAGUUUGAUUUCCCCUAACCAGUCAGCUUUUGUAUCUGGGCGGCUCAUCCAGGAUAAUGUCAUAGUAGCCCAUGAAGCUUUUCAUUCGCUCAAACUUCGCAAGUCCGGGUUAGUUGGGCAGAUGGCCAUCAAGAUUGAUUUUGAUAAGGCUUAUGAUAGAAUCGAAUCGGAUUUCCUGGCCAUGGUUUUGAGGAAGAUGGGUUUUGAUUCGCAGUGGGUCCAUUGGGUCAUGGAAUGUGUUUCCACGGUGAGUUUCUCUAUUUUUGCCAAUGGUGAGAAAAGGGCCUCUUUUGUUCCAUCACGGGGCCUCCGCCAAGGUGAUCCUCUCUCCCCAUACCUCUUCAUCAUAGUGGCUGAUGUUUUAUCCAAGCUUAUUUCGCAUAGUUUGCAAAAUAGAGAGAUUUCUGGUUUCAAGAUUACUCGGCUGUGUCCUACCUUAACGCACUUGUUCUUUGCUGAUGAUAUGCUGCUAUUCUUGAAAGCUGAGGACACGGAAUAUCAAAAAAUUCUGGAUCUCUUGAAAGUGUGUUGCGAGGCUUCGGGUCAGAGGGUAAAUUUUAACAAAUCCAGUGUGCAGUUUUCGUUGAAUGUUGCCCCGGCUGUUUGUGAUUCUAUCUGUGCUCUCUUUGGCUUCAAAAUUUCUUCUUCUCAUGCGAAGUAUUUGGGAUUGCCCUCUUUCUGGGGACGAUCUAAAUCAGCAGCUUUUGAGUUCAUAAUUGAGAAAGUCAUAUCCAAGUUUCAAGGAUGGAAACAAAAAUUAUUAUCAAAAGCUGGUAGGGAAAUCCUAAUUAAAGCUGUGGUUCAAGCUAUCCCCUCUUAUGCACAGAAGUGUUUAGGAAAAGCAAAACAUGCCAUGGCAUGUUUUGCUUUUCCUAAACACUUCUGUGCUAAACUCAAUUCCUACAUCAGUAAUUUUUGGUGGAGAGGCGAACCAGACCACAAAGGUAUCCACUGGAUCUCAUGGGGUCAGCUUGCUUUGCCUAAGUUUCAAGGAGGGCUUGGCUUCCGUGAUUUCCAAGCAUUUAAUUCGGCGCUUCUUGCCCGUCAAGGGUGGCGGUUGGUGAAAUAUCCAAACUCCUUUUGUGCUCGCAUUUUGAAAGGCAUCUAUUUUCCCCACACAGAUUUUAUGCACGCUUCUAAAGGCCGACGGCCUUCAUGGGGCUGGGCUAGUCUUCUACAAGGGCGUCAACUCUUACAGCAAGGAAUUAGGUGGCAAAUAAAUAGCAGCUCGCCUGCUUUGUUUUGGGAGGACUGCUGGAUUCCGGGUCUCCCAGACUUCAAAGUUUAUUCUUCUAAGCCCAUCGGGACAGAAGUAGUUACAGUCGAGGAUGUUAUUGAUCCUCUUCACAAGAGCUGGAAUUUGGACUUAUUGCGUUCUCAAGUGUCGGAGCCAGAAGUUCAAGCCAUCAGCUCUAUUCCUAUCUCGCUUGCACCAACCGAAGAUUCUCUUAUCUGGCAUUUCGAAGCCAAAGGUCAGUAUACUGUGAAGUCUGGCUACCAUGUUGCCAUGAUGGCAAGCUCUGGGUCUUCCCGCCACAUGCCAUUGUCUUCGUUUCAGGUUCCGAGCUCCUUCUGGAAGCAAAUUUGGAGGUUGAAGGUUCCCCCGAAAAUUUGCCACUUUUGGUGGCGGGUAUGUCGCAAUGUUCUUGCUUCAAGGGAGAAUUUGUUUAGACGAAAGUGUGCUUCUUCCUCAAUGUGUCCACUGUGUCAUACGGCUUCGGAAACUGUGGAACAUAUCCUCUUUGGCUGUGAUUGGGUCCGCCCAGUUUGGUUCGGCAGUGCUAUCAAUUAUAAAGUAGAUUGGGGUGCAAUUCACUCGGUCCUGCAGUGGUCUAGUGUCAUGAUGGACAUUCUUGGGAAUGAUGAGGAUCGAAAUUCUUUUUUCAGUUUGGUGGCAUGGAUUGGUUGGUAUAUUUGGAAGGAUCGUAACAAUUUUGUUUUCAAUCAUAUUCCAGUUGAGCCCUCCUCGACUCUUCAUCGAGCUAGAGUGGCUAUGGCUGAAUUUGAAGUGGGGGUCUAUCGAUGGGUCAUGGGUCUUUCUAGGCAACCCACUCAGUCAGCUGCUGCUAUGGAUAAAUGGGAUCCUCCUCAGCCUGGUUUUUUCAAAGUUAAUUGUGACGUGGCAAUUCUUCUAGGUUCUUCCCGUGCAGCGGCUGCGGCAGUGUUAAGGGAUGAACACGGUCGUCUGGUGGAUGGCCUCACAAAGAAGCUGUGUAUCUCUUCACCUUUCCAGGGGGAAGCUCAAGCAUGCCGGCUGGCCUGUCUUCUUGCCCACCAGCACAAUCUGUUGGAUGUUCUGGUUGAAGGGGACAACAAAGCCGUGAUCCACCUCUGUGUUACGGAAACAGUCCCUCCUUGGGAAUGUGUAGCUAUUCUAAGGGACAUCAAGCUUUUGGCACCCCAGGGCAGGUUCUCCUUUCAGUGGAGGCCCAAGGCUUCGAACAAAGUUGCACACUGGGUUGCACGGGCUUGCCUUCAUGAUCAGCUCCCAGUCAACUGGGUGUCGAACCCUCCUUUCCCCCUUUUCUGUUUGUUGACAGCUUCUUAG